UGCCAAAAUAGUUGUUAUUGCUAUGCUAAUCAACAUUUUUCAAAAUGUACAAGUCUGUAUUGAAGAACGAAUUCCUAAAGUACACAUGGUCGUCGCAUUUUAUCAAGGAAUGUAAUAACUGAUGUUUCAUGGAGUUGCUCUAUGUAUAUUGCCGUAUCAAUGUGGCAUACAUAACCAUUGUCGUAAACAAACAUUAGUGUUCUUUGUUCUCGAAUCGAAGCUCAGUUUGCAUAAUACACAAUGCGGUGUCCUACUGAUCAAUUAUUAGCUGGUACCAGUAAAAAGCAAAAUAGGAUGCGUGGUGGGAACAAAGCUGGUGAAACAUUUUUUUCCGCAACGUCGUAUCAAUUAAUGCCACGCGCCACCAAAAAAGUAGUUGGCAGCUUGAAACACUCGCCCUAUUUUAAGGAUACGACGACGACGACCAGCAACAAAAACAAUGACUCCAGCAUCAACAACAACGACGACCAUGCCAGUAAAAAUAGUGGUGGGAGCACCAUAAUAAAACAACAACAACAACAAGACGAGGACGAGGAAGACGACGGCAUGCCUGUUCCGGACAAUAUUGAUUACGAUCUCAAGGUCUUGUUUGUUGGAAUCAAUCCGGGCCUCAUUAGCGCAGCAAAAGGACAUCACUUUGCCGGUCCAACUAAUCACUUUUGGCCCUGUCUUAGUGCAAGUGGCCUUGUGGACAGAAAAGUCACGUUUGUUGACGACGUGAACCUUCCAGCGCUGUACCGUGUCGGUAUCACCAAUUUGACUAUGCGGUCGUCACGCAAGGCAUCGGAUUUGACGAUGGCAGAACAACGUGCAGGGAUCCCCACACUCACAGCUAAAUUCCGACGGUAUCGACCACGGGUCGCUUGUUUUGUGGGGAAAGGCAUUUAUGAAAUAUACAGUGGAAAAAAAUGCAAGCAAAUGGGAUUACAAGCAAAACGGAUUCCAUGGGAUGAUCAGCAAGGAGCCACACAAUUGUUUGUCAUGCCCAGUACCAGUGGGCUUGUAUCUGCCUAUCAGAAACCGGAUAAAAUAAAAUUCUUUCAACACGUUUGUCGGAUUGCAGAGGAAGAGGACGCCAAGUAUCAAGAAGAAGAAGAAGACGGUAAAGGAGUGUCGUCGAAGCAUUCAAACCCACAUGGAGUCAAGUAGUACAUGGUUUACCCGUGAUGUGGGUGUCGUCCCUUGAUGAGUUCCUUGGUAUGUCGUUAGCAGGGACAGAAGCAGCUGGCAUCCUGCUUUAAAAUUGCAUCAUGUGUAACAUUGGCCAGAAAAAAACGGCCUCGUUUUCCUGGUGCUUUGGAAUAAAAAAAAAAAGGGCUGUGACUCUUCCAAAACUGUACACACACACACACACACACAUACGCUUUUGUAAUAGUACCUUGUCCUCCCUCUC